AUGGCCCAACACCAAUGUUUCUUCCUGUCCGCGCCAGAACGGACAUCAGACUGCCCGCCCGCCUCCUGGCAGCUCCUUUUCACUUCGGCUGCUGCCAGGACUUCCAGAGCCAGACCCCUCUUUGAAGACCACUUCCGAUCCCCGACGCGGCGGCCCCUGAGGUCGCAGCCUAGCACUGAGAAGUUGGCCGGCUCUAGGGGCUGUUAUGAGGCUGCUCACCCCACAGGCGCAGGUCUACGCAGCACACACACCACCUCCUUCUUUGGACUCAGACCAAACACGCUGGGCUGUAGGAGGGGAACGGACAGAUACACAGACGCGUGCGAGCACGCCCCACCAACUGAUUCCAACCAGAAAACGGAGCCACUGUGUAAUGCCCAGCCCUCCCCUCCCCGACACCCCCGAUCAGCCAAGCCUUCGGCCGGUGUCUGCUGCACUAAACACCAGGACAUGGCCAGGGAAGUCGCAGGCAUCGGUCCGAGCCAGGAGAGCCGCGGCGCCAGCGCAUCUGAUGUCGCAGGAGGACUACCUAGGUCCCCAGCUCCGCGGCCGCCCGGCUCACCAGCCCCGGCUGGUCUCCUUCGGGUCACUCCGAGGGGUAGCGCGAACCCGCAGAGCCUUGGCCCGCCGCGCGCCCCCAUGGCCCUGCUGGGCAGCCUGGCUCCACUACGCUACCAGUUCUCGGUCUCAGCAGCUCCCAUCGACUUCCCGCCAGCGCCCCCGGCUGCCCCGAGCGCCGGGCGCGGGGCAGCGGCUGCAGCCCGAGCGGCGGGGAGUCGGGAGCUGCGGCGCCGGGGCGGAGCCCAGUCCUCUCGGGAGAGGAAGGGGUGCUGGGAGACUAUCGUCGCACGCGCCUGGCCGGCAAGCUGGGCUAGGGGCGCCCUGGGGCCAGCCGCUCAGCUUAGCUUGCGGAGCCUGGCAACGCGCGUGCUGGAGGAGGCGGGCGCGGGCUCCGGGGGAGGAGGACAGGGAAGAGGAGGAAGGCGCAGCCCGCGCGAAGGUGACGUGGCUUCUGGGGAGCCUCCACAGUCCAAAGAGAAUGCUGAAAUGCAGAGUGCCAGAAGGAGGCAUUUGAAGGAGGAGCAGGUCUCCGGAGCUGCAAGGCUGUAGUCUGGAACACUCAGAAACGGGCACUGUUCAUUUCUCCCAUCUAGCAGAACUUCUCAACUUGGAAGAACAUGCCACCACACCUUAGUAAAGCAGCUUACUGUUCCGGAGCCCUUUCCUGAAUAAAGCAGUUUCCCAUCUAAGCCAUUAGGUUGAGCAAAUACUGUUAGACCCAUUUGAGGUGGAGCGUCAUUGAUCCCAUUUAUCAGACGAAGGAAUUGAAGUUUUAAAAGGGUAAUUACGAUUCCGUAGUGACCCAAUGUGCAGGAGUAGCCUCAAGCUCGGUUCCCUGCCUCUAAGUCACUGCUCUUUCACUUGCCCAGUCUCUGAAUUGACUUUUGAGGCAGGUUUUGUUUUGACAAGAGAACACCUGCCUGGGCUACAGCCAGGACUCGCCUUUGUCUCCUGGGUGCAGUUUGAAUUUGAAAGUGGACUCUUCCUAAUAUAGCAAGCAGGCACCUUGUUGAGUGCAGCCUAACCCGUGGGGCCCCAGGUCACCGCUGGCUGUGUUCCCUCCAAAAGUGAGGGUUGCAGAAAUUAAAGGAAGAAAAUACUUUUGCAAUUGUGUCCUUGUGUCCUGUAUUGAGUUCUUCUGGACCCUUUAUACCCUUGAUUCUUUGAAAGUUUUCAGGCUUCAGAACUUUACACACAGGCUUCCCCAGCUGAUGAGUUGAGCAUGGAUACUUUUUUUCUUUCUUUCUUUCUUUCUUUCUUUCUUUUUUUCCUGUUUUUACAUUGUUUCUCUGUUUUGGAAUGAACAUGUAACUCCUCUUUCCCAGUUGCAGGGUGGGCUCCCUUGUUUUAUACUUGCACAUCUCUUUGCCUGGGUACAUCCCAAGUGCUGAACAAAUACCUAGCAGCUGAUAGUUACUGAAAACAAACCACGUUGGAUUUUGGUGUCAAGAAAUUGAUGUCUGUUGAAGAAAGACAGUAGUUUGAGA